UCCGACUAUUCCCGCGCGAAGUUUAUACCGUAAGCAUGCGCAUAAUGAUUUGGUACAAACAUAAGUCUAUCUCUUUUUUUGGAACAUACAUUUUAAGUGAAUGCGCUAUCCAGUAGUAUAUAAUCAAAGUCCAGUAGUAUAUAAUCAAAGGUACAAACAUAAUCCGUCUAUUUCUUUUUUUGGAACAUACAUUUAAAUUUUAAGCGAAUGCGCUAUCACGUAGUAUUAAUUAAGAUUUUCCACACACUAAAUUUUGAUAAGGUCUAAUGUUUUUUUGUAGAGAUUUUCUAUGUUCUUACCAAAUCAGAGUAUUUAUAUGGAAAAGCCUAUUUCAAUACAUCGUUAUUAAAAGUUUUAAGAAAAUAUUGUUAACGUUUUUGAAGAUUACUGUUGACUCUGAUUGUACAAAUUUGUAAAGGUGGGUUCAUAGCUCUCCGUUCAUCCGUUGCGUUGAUCCGCAAACGGAUAGUGCAAUUUGUUAAGGUUCAUUAAUAGCAAUCCGUCCAUAUUGUACGUUUACAAGGUAUAACCAUAACCUAAAUUUUACUUUGUACUGUAUCUACCGCGAUCUUCAGUACGUAGAAACUACUAUCAGAUUAUCACCGCGAAGCACGUAAUAUCCGAACACUGUUAAAUUUGCUCUUAAACGUCAACAAUAUGACAAACAUAACCUUACUCUUGUUAAAAAACGGACCAACGGAAACGUAAAUGUUCAACUUCAACCAACUUUUCCGUUGUAAAUGGACGACGUACGGUUUAAAAAUUUACUGUGUUCUGAUUGGCUAACGGACAAACGGAAACGUAUAAACGGAGAGCUAUGAACCCACCUUAAGCCUUAAGAGCUGUGUAAAAAUACCUUUAUGAAAUAUGAAUGUCAUAACUGGUCACAACCAAAUUUUUGUAAUCCACCAAAACAUAACCUCGUAUACCUAAUGUUGAAGCAUGUCUUCAUGUCUCUAGUACAAUAAAUAACAUUUUUAAAAUAUUUCAAUUAUUACUGUCAGUUUCUGAGUUUAUUGCACAUUGCUCUACAAUAAUGCUUGACUUGCCGGGAUUUGAAGACCCUAACAACCAGUCCGAUCUCACUGAAGAUGUUAAAUUUAAGAAGAAGAUGGGUAAAGGUGGCGGUUUCCAGUCGAUGGGUUUGUCAUUUAAUGUAUUGAAAGGCAUUACUAAAAGAGGGUAUAAAAUACCCACUCCUAUACAACGUAAAACAAUACCUUUAGCUUUGGAGGGAAAAAAUAUUGUCGCUAUGGCACGAACUGGUAGCGGUAAAACUGCAUGUUUUUUAAUACCACUCUUUGAGAAACUCAAAAUAAGAAUGGCAAAAACCGGAGCUCGCGCAUUGAUAUUGUCACCAACAAGGGAGCUUGCAGUUCAAACGUUAAAGUUUGUCAAGGAGCUGGGUCGAUUUACAGAUUUAAAAGCUGCACUCAUAUCUGGAGGUGAUUCGAUGGAUAGCCAAUUUUCUGUAAUCCAUGGCAAUCCCGAUAUUCUAAUAGCGACUCCGGGACGUUUCUUGCACAUUUGCAUUGAAAUGGACUUGAAACUAAAUAACAUCGAGUAUGUGGUAUUUGACGAAGCCGAUAGGUUAUUCGAAAUGGGUUUCGGAACUCAAAUGAACAGCCUGUUGGAGAAAUUGCCUGAUACUAGGCAAACACUUUUGUUUUCUGCGACACUUCCAAAGGUGCUGGUAGAAUUUGCUAAGGCUGGUAUUGGAGAUCCUGUAUUGAUUAGAUUGGAUGUUGAAUCAAAGUUACCUGCUGAAUUAGAUCUUGUAUUUUUAACUGUGCGAUCGGAGGAACGUACAGCUGCACUGCUGGUUCUUCUGAAGUUACAUAUUGAUUCUAAACAACAAACUGUCGUUUUUGCCGCUACUAAAUAUCACGUAGAUUAUUUGCAUAUGGUACUUGAUAGUGUGGGCAUUAGCAACACUUAUAUUUAUUCAAGCUUAGAUUCUUCCGCAAGGAAAAUCAAUACAGCAAAGUUUUCCCAACACAAGGUAGCCGUUUUGAUUGUUACUGAUGUUGCUGCUAGAGGAUUAGACAUACCACGUCUUGACAAUGUCAUUAAUUAUAAUUUCCCGGAUAGAUCCAAAUUGUUUGUUCACAGAGUGGGUCGCUGUGCUCGAGCAGGUAGAACAGGAACAGCAUAUUCAUUGAUUACACCGGACGAAUAUCCAUAUAUGUUAGAUUUGCAUUUAUUUUUGGGACAAUCUCUGUCGAUAAUAAAUUCGAGUAAUCCUAAAGGCAAUAUUGGAUGCAUUCCUCAAAGUCUAAUAGAAGAACAGCAUGGUACUAUUAUAAUGCUUCAUGAUACAAAUCCGGAUUUACUUCAAAUUAAGCAAACGGCCGAUAAAGCGUAUACUAAAUAUCUUCAAACUAGACCUGUGGCUUCAGUGGAUAGCAACCGCCGUGCUAAACAAUUCUUAACGAAUAAGUGUGGCACUCACGCAUUUUUCAAAGCUCAAAAUAAUGAUUUGCAAGAAGAACGUGAAAAUAUUUUGCAACAAAUGAAAAACUAUCGUCCUCAAGGUACAGUAUUUGAGGUUUGUAGUAAAACAAAAUCGCAAGAUUAUUUGGUUAUGAAAGCUACACGAGCAUUUCACAAAUCCGCCAGAACGGCGUACAAGAAAAAUAUGGAAAAUCAGUCAUCAGUUUCAGAAACGAAAUUGGUUGCUCUGCCGGAAAGUACAAAAACUGAAAUUGAAAGUGUAUUUGAUGAAAUUGUUACUUCCAAAAAGAGAAAGUUAGAUUACUUGAAUGAUAUUAAACCCAAAAAACAGAAAGAUGAAUAUUACAUCCCCUAUUCGGCACCUGACAAAUUUACGGAAGAUGGAAUGGCAAUAAAUAAUUUCCAACGGGAAGCAUCACAAGCACAAUUUGAUUUGACAGCCGAUACCACCGAAGACAUAAAAAGGGCGAAACAACAAAUGCGUUGGGAUAGGAAAAAGAAAAAAAUGGUAGGAGCCAACAAUGAUUUGAAAGUGGGCAAGCUUAAAACCGAAGGCGGAAAAUGGAUUCCUGCUUCUUAUAAAACUUAUCGAUAUGAAGAAUGGAAAGAAAAGACUAAAGCUGCUGAAAAUGAAGACAAUAAUGAAGAUGAUCAAUUGAAUGAUCAAGGAAGAUACAACAAACGCUCGCGUUGGGGAAAACAUAAUGAUAUGAACAAAAACAAAAAGGUCCAAUCAGAGCUGAGGAGUGUCGAUCAGAUUGUGAAGCAAAGAAAAAUUACUGAAAAGAAAAAAUUACGUCAGAAUAAAAAAUUGCGAAAGAAAACAAGAAAGUAAUGUCGAGGGCUGUUGUUGUUCUAUGUAAAAUAAAUACAUUUUGACAGAUUUAUUUUCUAGGUA